GGACCUCAUAGCCGGAGACGAUCAGCGACUGAAACUAAAACACAGUAAGCAUCUCAGAUUAGGGUUUCUCUCUUGUUCAAAUUAAUUAAUUAACAGGAUUCCAUCCUACUUCUUUCUGGGAGAAUUUCCUGUUCUUAGAAAGAUUUAAGAAAAGAAUGGAAUUUUGCCCAACUUGUGGAGUGUUGUUGCGAUACGAGUUGCCAAACUUGGGUGAAUCAUCUAGAUUCUAUUGCCCCACGUGUCCGUACUUCUGUCCCGUGCAGAACAGGGUUAAAAUCAAGAGAAAGCAGCGCCUGAUCAAGAAAGAAAUUGAGCCAGUUUUCACCCAAGAUGACAUGAUGAAGGGGGGUUCGGAAACCGAAGCAACAUGUCCGCAUUGCAACUUCGGAAGAGCCCGUUUCCAACAGAUACAGAUCCGGUCAGCUGACGAACCAGCGACUACAUUUUAUUUUUGCUUGAAUGAGAAGUGCUCAAAGUUAUGGCGUGAGGAUUAAAAUUUUUGACGAGGAUAUCUUUGCAUGUUCCGUUUUCUGUUGGUCUCUUGAAAUUUUAUAUGCUGGUCAUUUUGCCAUUCUGGUUGUAGUAGGCCGGCCUGUUCUCCAAACUUUGGUUCAUGGUUGAAUUCUGUAACGAUGAUAUUAUUAAUAAGGGUAAAUUUUAGGUUCUUUUCUCGAA